AACCGUUAAUUUUCUAUUGACAGUUGUACAAAUGUGUUGUUAAUGUAUUAUUUUUUGAUAUGGUUAUGAGAUUAAACAGAUAUUUUAGAUUAUUAUAUGAUUAUAUGAUUCGAAUAUAUUUUUUAUCAAUUGCAAUGUUGUCGCGAAAAAAUAAAGAUUUAAGAACAAUUAAGGAAGGUGUAGUUGGUAAAUAUAUUAAGAAAGAGACACCACCUGAAAUGCCAAUUAUUAAUGUCUGGACGACAGAACCAAACAGAAGAGUAAGAAGAAGAAAUCAUCCCACGAUACCAUCUUCAAUGUCUAUCCCACAACAACCAAGUAUAGUACAAAAGUUUGGAAAUACAAAGACUACGAUGAGUGCUGUUGGAUUGGGUAGCCAUGAAGGAAAAUAUACUCCUAAUAGUUCUGUUCCAGAUUUAGCACAAAGAUUCACAGGUCUUUCUGUUAAUACUGGAUUAAACGAAGGUAUAUCUUCUCGUACUACAACACCAUUAUAUCACUCAGGAUUAUCACCUGCUGCAUCUCAUACUUAUGUCAAUCAAUAUGCUGGAUCUGAGUAUCAUUUAGAUCGUGUUCAAACUCCACAAGUGUCUUAUUUAACAUUUGAUGCUGACACUGGUUACGAUGAAUAUAAUCAAUCAGUAUAUCGUCAAAAUGCUGGAUAUAGUAGAUGUCAGUCAGAAAGAUCAAGUUCUAGAAGUGAACAACAAGAAGAAUUACCUUUACCACCCGGUUGGUCGGUAGACUUUACACUUAGAGGUAGAAAAUAUUACAUAGAUCAUAAUACAAAAACUACACAUUGGUCGCAUCCUUUAGAAAAGGAAGGUUUACCAACUGGUUGGGAGAGAAUAGAAUCACCAGAAUAUGGUGUCUAUUAUGUCAAUCAUAUAACAAGACAAGCACAAUAUGAACAUCCGUGUUAUCCGCACGAAGUACAAGCCAUAAGAGUAGUAUCACCUCCUAGACAUACUCACUUUCAUUCUCACAGUGUCUUAGUACCAGCUAAUCCAUAUCUUAAUGAAGAAAUUCCUCAUUGGUUGUAUGUGUAUAGUAGAGCAUCUAUUGCAUUAGAUCGUAAAUUACGUUGGGAACUCUUUCGUUUACCAGAACUUGAUUGUUUCAACGCUAUGCUUACAAGACUUUACAAACAAGAAUUAGAAGAAGUGGUUAUGAGAUAUGAAGAAUACAGAUCAGCAUUAUUGUGUGAAAUGGAACAAAGAUUGAAAGAAUUAAAUCCUGAAGCAGGAAAUUCUUCAUCUGGUGCAAUAGCUUUACGAAGAUCUCUUCCUUAAGUUUUUUUUUUUUUACAUGAUACG